GGCCGUUAAGAAGAGUAUAUACUGAUGUUACUACUACUGUAUGACUCAUUGACACCUGUCGGUAGGCAACAGCACGCCCCUCAUCAAGUAUUUUUUCGUGCAUUUAAGAAGUGCAUGCUUUAAAGAUGGCAGAUCACUAUUACAUAGGUGUAGAUGUGGGAACAGGGAGUGUUCGUGCAGCCUUAGUCACCAAAGAUGGCACCAUUUUGAAGACAGAAACAAAGUCUAUAACAAUUCAUUCUCCUAAGACAGAUUUUUAUGAGCAGGAUUCAGAAGAAAUAUGGGAAGCCGUUUGUUACUGUGUGAAGGAAAUAUCAUCAAAUCUGUCUGAGAAGAGCAAAGUCCAUGGAAUUGGGUUUGAUGCAACUUGUUCUCUAGUUGUAUUAGAUCAGAAUCUGAAACCUGUCACUGUUAAUCAAGAUACAGGUGAAGACCGACUUAAUAUCAUUAUGUGGAUGGAUCACAGAGCCAAAGAAGAGGCAGAUAGAAUCAAUUCCCAAGAACACAAAGUUUUGAAAUAUGUUGGGAGCCGUAUUUCUCUGGAAAUGCAGGUUCCCAAGUUGCUGUGGUUGAAGAAGCACAUGCCAAAGACAUGGAGUCGAGCGGCCUAUUUUUUGGAUUUGCCUGAUUUCUUAACAAUGAAAGCAUCGGGGAAAUUUUCUCGAGUUUUGAAAUAUGUUGGGAGCCGUAUUUCUCUGGAAAUGCAGGUUCCCAAGUUGCUGUGGUUGAAGAAGCACAUGCCAAAGACAUGGAGUCGAGCGGCCUAUUUUUUGGAUUUGCCUGAUUUCUUAACAAUGAAAGCAUCGGGGAAAUUUUCUCGGUCACUUUGUUCAGUCGUGUGCAAAUGGACAUACAUUUAUGAUGGAGAAACUCAAGGAUGGGAUGGUGACUUUUUUAAAGCUGUUGGAUUGGAGGAUUUGGCCUUGAAUAACUGGGAAAAAAUUGGAUCUUUGAUUUUGCCACCUGGUAACCGGUGUGGAAUGAUGUCCGCAGAAGAUGCUUCUGAGUUGGGAUUAACAUUGAAACUUGCCGUUGCAACAUCCUUGAUCGAUGCUCAUGCUGGGGGUUUAGCACUGGUAGCUGCAGGAGCAAAGGAUGCGAAUGACCUUCAUGGAAGGCUUGGACUCAUAUGUGGAACCUCAACUUGCCACAUGUGUGUAAGUAAGCAACCCCUUUUUGUUGAGGGUGUGUGGGGUCCUUAUUAUAGUGCCAUGGUGCCUGGAGGCUGGCUGAAUGAAGGAGGCCAGAGUGCCACAGGAUCUCUCAUAGAUCAUAUUAUUCAGAACCACCCAGCAUCUACUAAGUGUACACAUGGAGACAUUUACAAUUGGCUUGAGGGAAUAUUGGAAGAAUUAGCUAAAGAACAAUCUUUGGCUGAUAUUUCAUAUCUAGCAGAAAAUAUUCAUGUCUACCCAGAUUUCCGGAAUAGAUCUCCUCUUGCAGAUCCAUCUAUGGCAGGCAUGAUAUCAGGCCUGACUUUGGAUACAAGUGAAAGAAAUUUGGCUCUCCUGUACUUGGCAGCUUUGCAGUCCCUUGUAUAUGGAACUCGGCAUAUCAUAGAACAGCUUACUUCAUUUGGCCAUGUUAUAUCAUCCGUUCUCAUGUGUGGUGGACUCUCAAAGUCUGAGUUAUUCAUCCGCAUUCAUGCAGAUGCCUUAGGUAUUCCAGUCCUCAUCCCUCACACCAAACAGUCUGUGCUCUUAGGAUCUAGCAUGCUUGGGGCAGCAGCUUCUUCAAAAGAAUUCCCAGACUUAAUCUCAGCUGCUGUUGCAAUGGGAGGUAGUGCUGAUGCUUUUCAACCAGUGAAAGAAUUGAAGAGGUUUGUUAUAUUACUCUUUAUAUGGCCUUCCAAGCCUUGGAGGGAAGAUUAA